CAUCCACUCAAACAAUCACCUCAUACAAAUAACAAAAUUGUCAUCUAAGACUUUAAAUUUUACAACUUCUACAAAAUGCUCUUCAAGGUCUUUGCUCCUCUCGCCUUCGCGGCCCUUUCCUUCGCGGCUGCCAUCUCCAACCCUUCAAUGAUGAAGGAGGGCUCUCAGAUGGCUGCGCGCGAAUUCCCCGACGGAGCAGGAUCAGUCAAGCCUGUCGCUCCGGGAAGCCCCAGCCAGGACUCUGGAAAGCAAACCGAUGGUGGCAUCGGACCUAUCUUCCUCGGCGGUGAUGAGGGUGACAACGGCAACGAGGGUGGUGACUACGGUACGGAGAAUGGCAGCGGCAACGGCAGUGACAAUGCCAGCGCCGGCUUUGGUGGAUGGUAAAAUGGAUGAUCCGAAUCGUUUGACACUGGGGUGAUGAUGGAGAUAGCAUGACCUAUGCUUUCGUUUCCACCAAGACUAUGCCUGUAUGAUUAUGCUGCGGCUUGUGUGCGAUAUCUGCAAUGGCGAAACUCGUAUAGGAAACGAAAAGAUCCGUUGCAUCUGAAAAAAGACACUGUUCUUCUGAGA